CAGCCAAUCAUUGCAGGGCUAGUCCACCUCACUAACUUCCAGGUUCAUAACUCCUUGACGUGAAAGCCAACAUUCGGCCAAGUUAUGAUAGGCAUCUUCAGCCUCCUUUUAGCAAUCAAGCAAACAAGACAAGACGGGACGGGACGGGACAGGACAUACGUACAUACCCGCCCGUGGUCCUCUCUCAGGUGGAUGCUUGCGCCGUAGAUGAAAAGUGCUUUUGUUGACUGGGAGAAGCUGAAUCUCACCCAGCAGGCUGGGCCUUUUCUAUCACGCGUCUUCGCCUCAUCUCCUUCAUAACAAGCCUCUGCGAUAUCGCUCUACGGCCUUUCAGCCUUGCGCUGCGAUAAACCACAAUCUCGGCACUUCAUUCGCUUGAUUACAUCGCAUCAACUCUAUCCUCCGACUUCACCCCAAGUCUAUCUGCGAUGGACAACUCGAACCAGGAUCAAGGCCAGCCUCAAGCUGAGCCCCAAGCACAACAACUCCCGAAUCCUUCAGUGCAAGAAGAGCAAAUUUCUCAUAUCGAUGCUAGCGCUAAUAUCAACGUCAACGGCAAUGGGAUUCCCCAACUACCAGAGAAUCUCCUCAACCCGAUGAACCCUCAGGCGCUGAGCAUGUUGGCCGAUCCCUUACUCAUGGCUGAUCCCUCCUUGAUGGCCAUGCAGAUGCCUCUGGCUGACACUUCAUUCAUGAUGCAACCUGGGAUGGGCUUACCGAAUGGCCAAAAUGGCUUCAGUCUUCCCGUGGCUCCCCCUGCUACUGUCAGUGCUGAUGAGGUCGCUUUGUAUGACCGCCAGAUCCGCCUCUGGGGCAUGGCCGCACAGGCAAAGAUCCAAAGCGCAAACAUCCUUCUCAUCACCAUCAAGGCCCUCGCCAAUGAAAUUGCAAAGAAUCUUGUCCUUGCUGGUGUCGGCUCUCUCACUCUUCUAGACAGUGCUACUGUUACCGAAGCAGAUCGAGGCGCCCAAUUCUUCAUCCCUGGUGGUGAAGAUGUCAUCGGACAGAACCGCGCUCAAGUCGCCAGCGCCGCUCUGCAGAAGCUCAACCCCCGUGUUCGUGUUCACGUCGAUACAGAAGGUGUCAAGACCAAGGGACCAAGCUACUUUGCUGCCUAUGAUAUUGUCAUUGCCACUGAUCUUGACCCUGAGUCUUUCAAUAUCAUCAACACUGCCACACGCCUGAACUGCAAGGCUUUCUACGCUGCCGGUUGUCAUGGCCUCUAUGGUUUCAUCUUCAGCGAUCUUAUCGAACACGACUAUGUCAUCCAGCGUGACCUGGGAAACAUGCCCACAUCCAUUGGCCCAGAGUCUCGUACUCGCACUAUCGUUGAUGUCCAGACUCGAAAGGAGGGUCCCAAGACAAUUGAGUCUGUCACCAAGCGCGAGCUCUACUCUACGUGGUUCCUCGCCAGUGACCUUGCUGUUCUUCCUGCCGAGUACACCCAAUCCAAGCGACGACUCAAGAGUGUCACCCCCGCCCUGUCUUGUCUCCGCGCUCUCUGGGAAUUCAUGCAGAUCCAGAACGGCCGAGUCCCCAGCAAUCGCGAUGAUCUUAAGCUGUUCACGCAGAUCGCCACUCAGAAGCACAAGGCUCUUGGCCUGCCCAGUGAAACUCUCCGCCCCGAGUUUCUGCGUAGCUUCCUUCAGAACCUCGUCAGCGAAAUCUCUCCUGUUGCCGCCAUCCUCGGUGGUGAACUUGCCCAGGACGUCAUCAACGUUCUCGGACAAACCCAACAGCCUAUUCAGAACAUGGUCGUCUUCGACGGCACAACUAUGGAGGCGCUCAUGUACCCUCUGCACCCAGAAGGCUCGCUCGGGGCAUCGCAACUCACCGACCAUACUGUCCCCAACGGCGGUGCGCCUAUGAUUCUGGGCGGCAUGGAUGCUCUGCCUUUGGGUCUUGACCCAACUGCCAUGGGGGCUCUGCCUCACCAUAACAAUCCCAUCAUGAUUCCUACUGACCUUCCCCAGAACGGCAAUCUUAUUCCUAUGCCCGACGGCUCCCUAGCCGAUCCUACACAGCAAUUCAAUGCCGCAACGCAGGUGCCUCAGCAGCCUAUGCAAGGGCACACGGCACAAGUCACAGCUGAGCAGACCACUCAGGAGACACCGGCAAAUCCCGGUGCCUCGGAAUCGAAAGAGUAGACUAGCCAUAUCGCCGAGAUGCAUCUAGAAGGACUUAUCGCAGUGAUUUGCAAGAUCUUGGACAGGCCACUGAAGGGGGAUAAACAAUUCGCCCGUACUAUAUUAUAAUUUGGUCCGAUCUCGAAAGUCAAUAGAGAAGGCCCCAGCUAAGGGGACGGAAGACUUGGGGAUAGACGAUACCUCUGUAUACUAAAUAAGACUACUCACACAGGACAUGCAAGGGGCCCGGAAAGAUUUGAUGUAAUAAUGAAUAUUCGUUUAUAUCUCUAAGCUAAACACCCCAGCUAGAAUUCCGGGCUUAAGAACAUGUCACAAUUGCGAUCAUCAACACAGUCACUCGAUUAUCA